UCUGGUGAAAAAAAUUUCCCUGGAACCUAAUCCCCCCUAUUUACAUUAAUUCUUAUGGGGAAAUUGGAUUCGCUUCACAUCAUUUCACUUAAAGUAGCAUUUUUCAGGAACAUAACUACAGCGUUAAGCGAGGAGUUUCUGUAUUUUUCAAUGUGGGAGCCUCACCGAAAAUGUAAUGACUACAGAUAACAUGUUGGUGCAAAUAUAAAGAUCGGUGUCUCCCUGAGAAGAAGAGUUGCAGAUCCAUGCAAUAAGUGCAAAUCAUGGCCCUAAAACUAGGAGAAUUAUUCAUGGGGAAUACUGGCCGUUCCCAAUCAUGCACCGUGUUAAACUAACAGCUCAGUUGUGAAUCAGUCCUGAUUUUCUAUCCACGUUCUUACAUAAUUAUCUGCUCGCUAGUUUGGAACAAUCAUUUUCAUAGGCUGGGCUGUUUGUGUUAACUUGUUGCAGUUCAUUUCUUCUGUUGUUAAUGCAAUAACCAGCCUCUGGACUUGUUUACCUUUAAAAUGCUACAGAGGUGCAGCUGUACCACUGCAGGUGCCCUGGUGUAGCACUUUGGUAUAGACACUACCUGCACUGGUGCGAGAAUCCCUCCCGUCAGAGUAGUUAAUCCACCUCCACGAGACCAGGUGGCAGGGGUGUGCACAGGAAUAAAAUUUUUUGCCCCUUUAAGAGGGGCACUUUCUGUGCCCACCGUGGCCGGUGUAGUGUAGUGGAUUGUUCCACAUAGGAAUGUGCGGCUUACAUGUACUGAGCAUGCUCAGUUCAUCUGCUGAAGCCACUGCCCUUCACCCUGCCCUUAUUAGCCAUAAGAUUCUGCGGACGGCUUUGUAUACGGGUUAAAAAGGGACAAAGGGGCCAAAUUGGAGCAGGGGGGUGGCCAGGGUCUGAGCAGGGGGUGGAAAUUGGUGGGUCAGGGGGGUCAAUCAGCUGGAGGCAGGAUUAGGAGAGGGGCUAAAGGGCAAAAUCAGGGAUGGGGGGGAGCAGGAGUUAAGCUCGUGGUGAGGCGCUGGCAGAGGGUGUCAGAGGGCAAAACCCAGCUCAGGCAGGGGCAGAGGGGGUAACAGUUACCCCAGUGGAACUGAGACACCCGUGUUUGCAAAAAUGGUGGGGGGAGAAGGGGCUUUUUUUAUUUCCCCUCUCCCCUCCAGGCCAGAGGAGCUCUCUCUUCCCUGGCAGCGGAAGUAGCUGGAUCUCACCCUGUGGACCCCGGGCCGGAGGAGCUGUCAUCUCCUGCCCCGGCCCCAGAGGAGUUCUGUGCUCCCACUGGGGAGGGGACAAAGAGGCGCAUGCCAGCGUCAAUUUUCUAAAUCCGCAAGAAGAGUCUCUUCAAAAUCAUCACUGGAUUCAGAUCACCUGAAUGCUUGAGUCUGCUGGUACGGGCACUUCCAGCUCCGCAGCUGGACUGGCUGUUUCUUUAAGAAAAGACUCUAACUUCUCCCACGUGAUGGGGGUUUGAAAUGAUGGCAUCUCCCCAGAUGCAGUACUGCAUUACUUUCGCUUUCCAGCUUGGCAGAUGCCGCAAGAGGGCAAGCACAUUUAUCAGUCUGGAACGCAAACAUGGUUCUUUUAAAAAGUGCAUGGAAAAGUGAUGAGAAAACUCUUCUAUAGCCAGAGUUAACUGGCUACAACUCUUUAGAAAACUCUUUUAUAGCCAGAGUUAACUGUUCAACUGGAUAUUUGCUGAAAUAGUCACUUACAAGCUAGCACAGGACGAAUGAGAGCUGGUCACGCCCUGAAGACUGUGAAACUUCUUGGAAGGACAAAUCAAGUAGGUUAACUUACUUCAAAAUGGUUUCAGAGUAACAGCCGUGUUAGUCUGUAUUCGCAAAAAGAAAAGGAGGACUUGUGGCACCUUAGAGACUAACCAAUUUAUUUGAGCAUAAGCUUUCGUGAGCUACAGCUCACUUCAUCGGAUGCAUACUGUGGAAAUUACAGUGGGGAGAUUUAUAUACAUAGAGAACGUGAAACAUCAGGUGUUACACUGUAACCAGAGUGAUCACUUAAGCCAUGAGAAUCUGGGUUGUUUUGAUUGCUGUGGCCAUUGGGCCUUGAUCCAAAGAUCAUUGAAGUUAAUUGGAGACCUUCUCGUUUGGAUUGGGUCCUAGAUGUUGUCUUUUUGUUUCUCCCCCGCCCUCCGUUGCACAACUCAAGCUAUGGCAAAGAUGAAAAUUUCCUCAUUCUGCUGCAGCUCCAGAACCAGCUCUGCUCAGAUGGGUUUGAUCAUUUUCCCCAUUAUUUGUCACAUCCAGAAGCUGGAAUCAGCCCAGUUUGCAGUGGUGGUCCCUGAUCAUUCGGUCACUGCUAUCGUGGGGGAGGAAUUUGUACUACCCUGUCACCUGUCCCCCAGGAUGAAUGCUCAAAACAUGGAGGUGAAAUGGUUACGACCUCAUCUCUCAUCAAUUGUGCAUCUGUACCGUGAUGGCAAGGAUCAGAAUGAGUCUCAGACCUUAGAAUAUCAGGGAAGGACCGAGCUUUUGAAAGACGGCCUUUCCACUGGGAGUGUUGACUUGAAAAUACACAAUAUCAGACCCUCUGAUGAAGGAUUGUACAGAUGCUUCAUUCGAUCAAGUACCUUUUAUAGAGGAGCCCUGCUGGAACUGAAGGUAGCAGGUUUGGGCUCUGAUCCCCACCUCUCUGUUGAGGGUUACCAGGAUGGAGGGAUCCAAGUGGUGUGCCGAUCGGCCGGGUGGUACCCAGAGCCCGAAGUGCUGUGGCGAGAUCUGGGUGGGCGACAUUUGCCUUCAGUCUCUGAAACAACAUCCCGAAGGGAUAACGGCCUGUUUGAAACGCAAACUGCUUUCCUUAUCACAGAACGUUCAAACCAGAACUUGUCGUGUUGUAUCCGGAACACCUUCCUCAACCAAGAGAAAGAAUCAACAAUUUACGUAGCAGAUUCUUUUUUCCCCAAAGUCUCCCUGUGGAUGGUGUUUCUGUGCGUGAGCCUGGUGGUUUUGUUUGUUUCCAUUGGCCUUAUUCUCUAUCUCUGCAAAGUAAAAGAGAAACUUGUAGCAGAACUUAGUUGGAGAAGAGUCCUCACACACCCGGGUACUCCUUUUUCGUUUUCGUCUGUUUUGUUUUUUGAACCUUCCUCACAUCCUCCGUACCAAAGGGAUAAGUUCUGAGCCAUCACAUCUCUGUGAUGAUCCUUAAAGACUAUGGAGUUUAAGCCUGCUCCUGAGCAGUGGAAUCUGGGACAUCGCAAAUCCUGGUCCCAUGAGUUGUGUUGUCUAAGACUGGAGCACUUGAGACAUGUGGCGUUUUUCAAGCAAGCAAGUUCGGGUGGAGCCGCACUGUAAUACAUUCCAACAAAGGGGUGGCUGGGAUACAGUGAGAUUUAAGAUAGACAGGGGUUACUGCAGAGUCAUUCACAUCAGUGAGCACUGGGAAGAAGUGGACACCGAUUUCCUACAAAACAGGGUCCUCAGGACCUCCGUGGGGAGAAAGGACAGGGAAUUUUCUGAGCCUCAAGUCUGGCUCCAUUGAUCCUUUCACUCUGCCACUCAUCCAUCUCUCUCAGGGAAGUGAAUGUCCUCUGCACUUUGCUAAGAUUUCAGAGCUGAUGGGUAAAUCCUGGAGGAAGAAGAUUCCCUGAUUCACUCCCCAGCUGGGGAAGAUUCUGUCACUCACACGAUCAAACCCGACCCCAGGGCUGAGCUCUGCCCCUAACGCUCUGAAUGUCUCUCCCCCCCACAGCGAAUGUGACUCUGGAUCCAGACACGGCUCAUCCCCGACUCAUCAUUUCUGAGGAUCGGAAAAGUGUGAGGCAGGGAGACACCCAGAAGGAUCUGCCUGACAACCCUGAGAGAUUUGAUUAUGAGUGCUGUGUGCUGGGCUGUGAGGGAUUCAUCUCGGGUAUCCAUUACUGGGAGGUGGAGGCAGGGGAUGGGAAGUACUGGGCUGUUGGGGUGGCCAGAGAGUCUGUGAGCAGGAAGGGAGAGUUCAUGUCUAACCUAAACCCUGAGGUGGGGAUCUGGGCUGUGAGGCUGUAUGGGGGUCAGUACCAGGUUCUCACCUCCCCAAAGAUUCCCCUGACCCUGAGGCAUGGCCCCAGCAGGAUCCGGGUUUGUCUGGACUAUGAACAGGGGCAGGUGGCAUUUUUUGAUGCUGAUAACCAGGCUCCAAUCUUCACAUUCCCGCCAGCCUCUUUCACUGGAGAGAGAAUCCGCCCCUGGCUCUGGGUCAGAGGGGGAUCCCAGCUCAGCCUGUGUCACUGAGGCACAGGGGGGAAAUAUCCCACUGAAAUCAGAAUCACUAAUAUCUAUGAGCUGGAAGGUGAUGCCAGUCAGCUCUGUGUUUUUGGGGAACCAGGGCUCAGUAUCUAGCCUGUCUGACUCAUGAAAGACACCCCACCACCACCAGUCUCUGCUUGAAUGAAAACCAAUCAGAGAAAAGGCUUGCAGAGAGCAGUGAAGGGCAUUGGGAGACACACCUAGACCCCUCCUGACAAGGGCGACAAGAUUAAGACAUCUCCAUUAGCAUACGGAAUGGAAAACAGAGACAACUCCCCUAGCCUCAUCUGCAUGAAAGAUGGGACAGGGAGACAUCUCAAUUUGCAUACAGAAUGGAGAACAGAACCGCACUGAACUCUAGGAUCAGAAAAGCAGGGAAUCUGCAUCAUGGGAAUCUCUGCUCCAGAUGUUAAUGAACCUACACCUGCACACAGCCAGCUCAGCAAUUAACAGACCAAUUCUAGUAAUAAAUCAUUGAUUGAUAUCCAAAAUACUGAAGCAGCCUAGUUGCACUGUGAGCUCCCUGGAAGAAAACACCACCCAGAGCCAAGAGCGAUCAGCUUCUAUUGUCUAGCCUAAAGAAAACCCUUGAGUCAUCAGUUUACCCAUAAACAACUCUCCCUUGAACCACUGUAUUUUCUCUACAAAAAUCCCUAGUCACGCUCCAGUAAGUGUUCUGAUGCUUAAAUCCAAACUCUGCAUCAGUUCUACUGGGACUCCAUCUUCUCCUGACUGAUCGUGCUGGGGGCUCCGCCUGUCUCCAGCACUCAGGACCCUGAGCUACCACCAUCACCUGGGAACCCCGAACAGUUCAAGUUGCAUGGAAAUGGUGAGGUUCUCUCUCUCUCUCUCUCUCUCUGUUUUCUUUUCUACCUCAGCAAGGUAUAGUUUUCUGUAUAUAACUUUUGAAGUCUUUAAUAAUGUAACUGUCUUGUUUGUUUAGGCUCUCCUUGUGUAGUUAUCACUAUUAUUCAAUAAAUAACUUUUAUAGUUAA